UCUCAUCAAGCAACCAGAAGCGCCCGUGCCGAGAAUAACAUCACAAGCUCAAGAAGACCAACAAGAAAAUUGCCAAGAUGCCCUCUUUCGACCAGAAGAAGGCCUACGCCGAGCAAGAAGAAGUCUUCUUCGACGACGGCCGUGAAGUCGAGCUGCUACACUAUGUCUUUGGCCUCCCAGAACUCGAGUCCAUACGCGGAAACCCCGCCAAAGUCCUGCAAGCCAUUGACAAAUUCGGUCGCGAGAAGAAGUACCUCAUGAAUGUCGGCGAGGACAAGGGCAAAAUCGUCACCGACCUGAUUGCAGAAGUCAAGCCUCAAACGAUGGUCGAGCUCGGAGGCUACGUAGGCUACAGCUGCAUCCUCUUCGGCGCAGCCGUCAAAGCAUCCGGCGGAAAACGCUACUUCUCUCUCGAACGGUCUCCAGAAUUCGCCGCAGUCAUCAUGGCUCUGGUACACCUGGCCGGGCUCUCAGAAAUCGUCAAAGUCGAAAUCGGAAGCAGUGACAGCUCCAUCAAACGUCUCCACGCCACAGGACAACUCAGCAAAAUCGACCUCAUGUUCCUCGACCACUACAAACCCGCCUACACGACUGAUUUGAAACUCUGCGAGGAUUUGGGUUUGAUUUCUCCCGGCUCCGUUCUGGCAGCGGAUAAUGUCAUUAAGCCGGGUAAUCCGCCGUAUUUGGAGUAUGUGAGGAGUUCGGUGGAGCAGAAGAGGGAAAAGGCAAAGCAGGCGGCGAAUGGAGGGGGGAAUGAUAUUGAAGCGUUUGCGGAUCGGGCUGCGAAGCAGUAUAAGAAGAGGAUUGAGAAGGAGGAUUUGGGUGUUGCGUUUGGGAAUCCGAAUCUGGUGUAUGAGAGUCGGUUGGUGGAUUCUUUUGAGCCGACGGGUGAGCCUGAUGGAGUCGAGAUUUCAAAGUGCGUUGGUGUGGAGGAGGAAAAGAAGUGAGCAUAGGGCGCUUAUAUCUUGAGCGCGAAAGGUCUUGAGGAUGAUGCCAUCUGUGAGCGUGGACUACCGUAAUAUCUCACAUCAAUUGGAACAGUUUGGCUAGAAGUUAUCAAAUAGGAAAUAAUAGACAUGUGAG